AUGGCGUCGGUCAAGCGGGACGAGACUACGCCGUUCCUUCUCCAGGUUUUCUACAAAACCGGUUCAUUUCACAGAACAGAUGAGUUCGCCUCGAGAAGCCUGCCGCCCGCACUGUCUCUCUACACUUGGUCCGACUGCACCCUGACCGAGCUCGCGGGGCAGAUCGUCGCCAAUGAUCCGUCGCUGCUGCCGAGUCCAUCCGUGGGCUCACGGCUGGCUUUCCGCCUGAUCUAUCCCGAUACCCGGCACACUGCCGCGCCAUCCAGCACACACCACACGCAGAUACCGGCCCCCCGAUUCAUGGUUAAGGACCUCGGGAGCGUCGUGUUGGGCGAAGGUGCCGCAGGUGCCAUCCUCGCCGCCGCCGCCGCCGCCGGGGAGGAGGGGCCAGGAGACAUCCGCAUGGCCGAUGGCACGGCGACAGUGGGCGACGACACAGCCAAGGACAAGACACUCGGCGACGCCAAAUUUGUGGUGGGAGACUACAUCUCGUGCGCUAUUCUGCCGCCGCUGCCUGAUGGCUCGGUGGCCCCGGCGCUUACGGCUAGGAACGACAGGACCGCAGUGCCGUUCAGUGCAAGGGGCGGGCUGGGCGGGCUUGCUCCGCAGGGGCCGCGUCGGGACGCCGCGUUUGGCGGGAGACAGGCGCGCGACAGAGACCGACGGCGCCCCGGGUUCGGAGACGACGCGUUCCCCGAAGGCGAAUGGAGGAGGGGCGAGAGGCUGCCGGAGGAUCCUCCCGACAGGUCUUGGGGCAGAGGACGGAGACAGGACAGAUGGUGA